AAUCUCAAUGCCCUCGCCUACUGAGUGAGGAUCCGGAGUGCCCAAACCCCCAAUUCCGAUAACGAUGGGCUCACCUUCCCGGUCACCGCCCCCGGAGGCGGAGAGAGACGCCACCCCUUCGUCUCCGGUCUCGAAAUCAGACCUCCCGGGGCCAACGUUGAAGGAGCUGGCGAUCGAUGACCAUCCAUAUCAGGACAAUAGCCUCGCCGUCGCGCUGAGCAUCGUCGGUACUGGCGACGGAGAGGCACCCAGAUCCCGAGGACCUGAGAUCCGCUGCUCUGUCCCUCCCAGGGAGAACGGUAUCGGCGUGUUUCCGGAAAUCUUGCGGCGGCGAGCUUUGAUGAGGGCGGCAUUCGGGCUUAGGGUUUCCGCUGCGUUGCUGUGUCUGGUGUCGUUUUCCAUCAUGGUCGCCGACAAUACCCCGGGGUGGGCCGGUGACUCCUUUGCCCGCUACAGCGAGUACCGGUACUUGGUUUCCGUCAAUGCCAUGGCUUUUCUCUACUCGGCGUUUCAAGCAUACGGGAAGAUCCACCAUCUGAUCUUCAAGAAAAUCAUCAUCCACCCUCCAUUAAGUUUCUACUUUGAUCUUGCGAUGGAUCAGGUGCUUGCUUAUCUUCUGUUAUCAGCCUCUUCUAUAGCAGCUUCUCGUAACGAUGUAUGGGUCUCAAGAUUUGGUAGUGAUGAAUUUAUCCAGUUGGCCGAUGGUUCAAUCACUAUAGCCUUCCUAGCUUUUGUUCCACUCUCAUUGAGUGCCCUCAUCUCAGCCCACAAUCUCUUCAGAUGGCGAUCCGGCGGUGCUACAUUGUAGACGGAAACAUUGGUGUCGAAUUGUGUAUAAAGCUAAUGUACAGAGGAAUAAUGCUUGCUAAAACCCCUCUGGAAUAUGGGCUUGUCGGACGAACUUGGAAACGAAGCUGUCUGCUGAGAAGUCAUCUGUGCUUGCUUUCUUCUAGGUGGGAGUGAACGUGCUUCAUGUAUUUCCUUUUCCAUAAUACAUAGGCUUUGUGGGAGCAUAUGAUCAUCUGUAGGUUAAAACCCUGGGAGGGGCUUGUUGCUCCAUUGCACCUUGCAAAUUUCAAUUUUGUUCAUGAAUGCAUUAUACCAUGUUUCUUC